UAUUGCCUCUGUAUUUUCAUAACUUGUGUCUUGUAUGCGAAUGCUAAUUCUUCUUGCUAGUUACAAUUUACAAAUAAUUGUGUCUACCUUCUUAUAAUUUUAAAGGUAUGUGAAAAAAAAAGAAAUUAGCAACUCUUUGUAAUCAAUUACAAUUAUAAAAAAGAGAAUUUAAAGGAAUGUUAUUAAGUUCUGGAACUUAAAUGAAUAGCAACACUUUGGAAGUGAAUGGGGGGAUGAACAUAAAACCAUCAGCAAGAAAAAGCAUUCAUAGUAACUGUAAUACAUGCAACAUUAAUUGUCAUAAAAAUAUGGUAGGGUAUGGGCUUAAAGUGCACAGGAAGCGAGAGGAGUCUGCCAAUGCUUCACAAGAACAAGGAGUUGACGAAGUAGACAAUGUCAUGAGUAAGAUGGCUCCACAAGCAAGCCCUAUACCAAUGAGAAGAAAUAAUGAUGUAAAAUACCGAAGAAAUUCAUUUGGUAUUAAUAAUGAUGAUUCUAGCGAUGAAUCAGAUAAUGAAAAUGUAUUAUCCAAAUCUUCUCCUGCAACAUUUUCAUAUUCCAGUGAAGAUUUAUACACAAGUGCAUUGCAAAAUGAGCUUCAAAGAAGUAGAAAUGAAUCGAAUCAUUCCAUUAAUAAUAUCUCACUACAUAGAAGACACAACAACAGCUCAGAGAAUCAGCACAAGAGAUAUCUAACUUCCUUAGAACAAAAGGCUAAAUCAAUAAGAGAUACAAGCGAUCAAAUUGUUAUAGCAAUGAUUAUUUUUCUUCUUGCUGUUAUAAUGUUUCUCUACAGCCAAUAUGUCACCGAUAAGGCAUUUACAAACAAUGUUUAUGAUAAGUUUAGAUUUGAUAGUGAUGUGAAAGAUCUAAAAGAAAAAUAUAAAGUAAAAGAGAACUCUAUCCUACAAGUAAAAACAGGUGUGGCAACAAUAUUCGAAAACCAAGAUACAGCAUCUUUUAUAUUUGUAUACAACAGUGAAAGUAUAAACUUCAAUCCAGUAAGAUUUAACAAUUUCAUUGAAGACAUUGCUGCAACUACAUCAAGAUAUUUACGUAAUGAAAGUAAGGAAGUCCAUGUAACUGUGGAUACAUCCAAGUUAAUGAUGCAAACUACAAAAGAUUUUAUGAACCAAUAUCAAGACAAAGUAAUGAGAACCGGUGUGAUGCUUGUUAAAGAUAUUGACAGUGUUCCAUCCCAGCUCGCUAUGGCCUUUCACUAUUAUUGUGAUGAAUACAACCCUUUAGUCAAAAGAAGUGCUAUAUUCUUCACGUUUAAUUUAGCAAACUGUUCUAUUAUAUCUGAUAAAAAAUCAAGCCAUGAGUAUGUUGAAAAAUGUCUAGCAAACAAAUGGUAUAGUGUAGGUGAAGAAAAGAUUGGGCCUUUGUUGACUCGAGUUGUCAAUAUUGUUGUAGAUGUAACACAAACAUUUUAAUCAUGUAAUUGAAAAAGCAUGAAUUAUUUUGUUAUGUUAAAUAAUUAAGUAUUAUUGGAAAUGUUUUCUCAUUAAUGAGGCAUCUUCCAUUUAAAUAGUUAAAUUUUCACCUCAUAUGUACCUUCCAUGUCAUAGUUUAACAUAAAUAGCUUUUUUCUUGAAUGACUUUUACUAGUCCAAGAUAGGUUUCAAUGUAAUCCCUUAACCAACCAGGUACUUUGAGAAUGCUCACUAAUAUAAGUUACAAGUAUUGUGCAAAAUAUGUUUAUUUUUAACAAAAAUAUUUCUCAAUUGUGCCAAAUCAUCUUUUUAUGGUAUAUUUCAAAACUGGCACUUAUGGUAU